GUCACCACACCCCGUGACGUCACAAAAGGAACUCGCUGCGCCUCGCUUACCUCUACAGCUGGGAAGCCCGGAGAGUGAGCGACACCCUGACGCUGGAGCCCCGUCACCCCGAGCCCCCGACACACACCCGCAGGAGGAAGGGGGACACUGCCGAGGCCUCAUCCGUCCUCCCCUUCACCCGACACCGUCCGGCCGCUCACUACAGGCCGGGGAUUACAGUAAGGCCUCUUCACCCUAAACCUAGAGAGAAGCCGCCCAAUUCAGGGGCCACACCGCAGACACUGAAGGGGCCCCAUAGAUUGAGACGGAAGUUUAUAGAGCGAGGGGGCCCCUGAGUGUAGCCUGCGGAUCCCAUAAAGGGACAAGACUGUGGUUGCUCCUACAAGAGGGUGGGCCCAAGAGCUGACACUCGCUGUGGACAAAGGAGUCCUGUAAUCCAAGAGCUGACACUCACUGGAGACAAAGGAGUCCUGUAAUCCUGUAGAUUUCCCCCCCACAUAAGGGUGGGCCCAAGAGCUGACAACUCACUGGAGACAAAGGACUUGUAUAUUCCUAUAGACUCCUCCUCACCCCCCAUACAAAGGUGGGCCCAAGAGCUGACACUCUCUGGGAACAAAGAACCUGCUGUCACCUAUAACCAGAAGCUGGGCCCAAGAGCAGACCCUCUCCUUGGUUUGCGUCCACCAUAAGACUCGUUCCAAGAGCUGACUCUCGCUGUGGACAAAGGACUCUCCCGAUAGCGCCUCCCAGAGGACGCUUGUCCCAAGAGCUGACACUUUCUAAAGACUAGAGACCCUUUAACGCCGCUGAUUUGCACGUUUUCCUCGCCAUGGCUCAGCAACAGAUGACCAGCUCGCAGAAGGCGCUGAUGCUGGAGCUGAAGUCGCUGCAGGAGGAGCCAGUGGAAGGUUUCCGUAUCACCCUGGUGGACGAAAGCGACCUGUACAACUGGGAGGUGGCCAUCUUUGGCCCCCCCAAUACCCUCUAUGAGGGGGGUUACUUCAAGGCUCACAUAAAAUUCCCCAUAGACUAUCCGUACUCUCCUCCAACUUUCCGUUUCCUGACAAAGAUGUGGCAUCCCAAUAUAUAUGAGAAUGGUGAUGUCUGCAUCUCGAUCCUUCACCCGCCUGUAGAUGACCCACAGAGUGGAGAGCUGCCUUCAGAAAGGUGGAACCCCACCCAGAACGUCAGGACAAUCCUGCUGAGUGUGAUCUCACUGCUGAAUGAACCAAACACCUUCUCCCCGGCCAAUGUAGACGCUUCUGUAAUGUUCAGGAAAUGGAGGGACAGCAAAGGAAAAGACAAGGAAUAUGCUGAAAUCAUUAGGAAACAAGUAUCAGCAACUAAAGUGGAAGCAGAAAAAGACGGUGUGAAAGUCCCCACCACCUUGGCAGAAUACUGCAUUAAAACUAAAGUGCCUUCUAGUGACAACAGCUCAGACUUGCUUUACGACGACUUGUAUGAUGACGACAUAGAUGACGAAGAUGAGGAGGAGGAGGACGCCGACUGUUAUGAUGAUGAUGAUUCCGGGAACGAGGAGUCGUGACACUCUCACCUGCCUGUGUUUCUCUUUCUUUUCUCAUGGCCUGACCCUUAGACCUUCCUGCGCUCUGUUCCUCGGCCUCUCCCUCUGCCCCUCUUCCCUUGCUGACUCAGGCCACAAAUGGAGUAGUGUUGGCCUGGCAGGCGUCUUGCUGGGCCCAAGCUAUAGGAUAUAAAGAGACCAGUCUUCUGCCGCAUAGCGCAGUUGCACACUUGGAUUUUUUUUUCUUCCUUGCUCCAUUUCUUUGGACCCAUCAAGGAGAAUACAAGGGAUGGGGAAUACUGUCACCUCACAGAAUUUCAGAAAUUCUCGCUGCUGAUCUGCAAGCGUUGGUGCAAAACUAUUCUUUACUUUUUAAUUUCCUAGAAAUCACUUCUCUCCCUCUCCUGUUUAUAUACCUUUAAGCGAUAUUUGAAAAUUAAAAAAAGAAAAAGAAAAAAAUUUAAUGCACACCUAAAAAGUAAAAAAAAAAAAAAAAACUUGAACUGACAGUUUGACCUGUUUGGUUUUGGUUCACGCUUCAACUCACGUGGAUGUUUUCAGCCAGAGAAAUGGUUCCUUUUUUUUGUCUGGAGGUCCUCUGGUUUUUGUUUUUUAUUUUACAUUUUUUAUUUUGUAGCUUUUUACCCUCCCAUACCACAGACUGCAGUGAUCACUUCAGGUUCAUGCCAAGGUCUAGCUCCAGUGAUCAUGAAUUUUCCAUGUUCUGUUUACCUCAGCCAGACCACCCACCCCUCCACCCAAAACACCCUGCCUCAACCUCAAGAAGACAAAUCUGUGACAAGGCUGCAUUUCCAACAUGGCACCUCUGUAAAGCCAGAGUGCGCUCACUACUACUAGUACUACUGCUGCUGCUGUUUGUGCUGAUGGCUUUUUUGUGAUGUCAUUAAAGGUUUGAAAAAAUAUAUAAUAUAUAGAAAUAUAUACUGUAUAUAUAAAUCUAUAAAAGAAGCAGAGUAUAGAACAGAAGUUGCAUUUUGGUUUGCAGCACAAUUUUCAGCACCGUGUUGCUACAUUCUUUCGGCAAUCCAGGAGAUGUCUGUGCAAGAGGUCAUGGCUUUAAUAUUUAGACUUUUUUUUUUUUUUUUUUUUUUUUUUUAUGUUAGAUUUCCAUCCCCCCACCCUAAAAAUAUAUAUUAUUUUUUUCCUUCGUAUUGCCGGCACUCAUGUCAUCCCAAAAGUUGCGGGGCUCUUGUGGUAUGUUUGUAUGUGGGUGUCUAUCACUGUUGUUAAGCAGAAGAGGACAAAAUAAAGAAAAAAUAUAAAAAUGUGAAA